AUGAAGUUCCAACUCCUCGCCGUCUUCUCUCUCAUCGCCAUUGCUUCAGCAAGACCCAUUGUUUGCCCAGAUGCCAAGCGCGAUGCUAUCCUCAAAGGUGACCUACCAAAGGAGGCAUGCUGUAGCUACGGCCGGUGCUUGGGAGAUGUGGUGAUUGCCUCGUCAUGA